ACACUCCAACUGAGAUGAAGAACCUCCUAAUAGUGACUGUCUGGAUGUUCAGUUGCUCCUGCUCGAGUGCCUUGGUGCACUACAUAAAGCUGGAAAAAGGAGCGAACGGUUGCAAAUCUCCCAAAGGUGCUGAAAUGGCUGUGGGUGAUACUGAACAGGAUGACAAAUCCUGUGGAGCUAUUUCGUGCCACAGCACAGAAGGAGAUGCCUUCGUUCACUUCUGCCAAAUACCGGCUAAAUUUGCGGAGUGUGCUGAGACUGCUGUUUUGACGGAGGUAGAUUUUCCGGAGUGCUGUUGGAUCUGUGCGGCUUGGAAGGAAUGCAAAGGUGGCGAAGGUGGCGAAGGUGGCGAAGGUGAGGCUCCAGCAGAAGGAGAAGGAGAGCCUGCGCAGAGAGCUCCAAAAUUCCGCACUAAAGGAACUAAAGGCAGAGCUCCACAACCACGCACUGAAGAAGCUGACCGUAAAAAGUCAAAAGAAAGCUCCCAACAAGAUGAAUUUGAAAUUGUUGGGGGAGAUGAAAAUAUUAAAUUUGGAGGAGGAUCUCCCAUCUCCAAAUUUGGCGAAGAGUCUUUAUAAGUUUAAUCUCUCUUAGUAUUUAUAAUUAUUUUUCCUCGAAAUUGCUUAUUUUCGACCAUAAAUAAAUUACACGUCAAUGUGCA